GAUUGAUCCAAGAUCGUGUAUGGUUUACCGUUGACGUCAUAGUUGCCUGGUUUCGGUCAACAGUUUUCUCGAGGAUCCGGGAAAAGGACGAUUAUAUUUUCAGCGAAUUCUUACUAUCAAGCAUCAUGCCUGACUCCAAGUCUGCAGAGAAGGUAGCAGUGAAGGUGGUAGCAAGAUGUCGACCUUUCACAGAUACAGAGAAAGAGAAGGGUGCGUCAAGAAUAGUCAAGAUGUCUGGAGACAAGACUACAUUGCAGAAUCCACAACAGGGGGGUACUGGAAAGGAAGCUGUUUUUGCUUUUGAUGCUAGCUACUUCUGGGACACAAGGACGAGUUUAGUAUACAAGGAGCAAUGUGAGCCCCUAUUGAAGAGAGCUAUGGAGGGGUAUAAUGUCACCAUCAUUGCAUUUGGUCCUACAAACAGUGGCAAGACCCAUCUCAUGUCUGGGCCUAUGGAAGAUCCUGGUCUUGUUCCUAUGAUCAAUCGAAGUCUCUUCAAGCAGAUCAAGAACUCCAAGAAGCAGUUCCUUAUUACAGCAUCGUUCCUUGAGGUGAUGGAUGAACACAUGACUGAUUUGCUGAACCCACACACAGAUGAUAUGCAGAUCAGACAACACCCUCAGAUUGGAAUAUUUGUUGAUGGUCUGUCGGAGCUUGUAGUGAAGAGUGGUGAAGAUUUGUCUCGAUACUAUGACCAGGGUAGCAGGGCUCGCAAGAUGGGUGCAGCUGAUAUCAAGGCACAUAGAGCAAGGGCUCAUGGUAUCUUCACUAUCAGUAUCGAGCAGAGAGGCGGAGAUGGAGGAAAAGGACUGAGGAGCAAGAUUGUAUUGGCUGAUCUUGCAGGUUCCGAAAGCGUACAGAGUAAAGACAAAGGACUUGGUGCCCUAGGGGACGUGAUAAGUGCCCUUGGUGAUCCUCGUAAGAAAGGGGGCCAUGUACCUUACAGAGAAUCAAAGGUCACACGUUUACUUCAGGAUGCCCUUGGAGGUAACGCCCACACGCUGAUGUUUACGACCAUAUCUCCAUCUGAUACCUGCUACAACGAGACACUGACCACCCUUCAGUACGGUCAAUACUGCAAGAACGUUAUCAAUCACCCAGCAAUAAAUGUGGAUGAUAGUGAACGACUGACCACUCAGCUUCGUGAGGAGAUCUCUCGUCUGAGAGAGAAGCUGACCGGUACAUCACUCACUGAAGCAGGCAGCAAAGAGGAGGUGGCCAAACUACAGGAUUUGAUCAAGGAUCUUCAGAUUGCUAAGCGUCAGGGAUGGGAGGAGAAGGAGAAACUAUCAACUCAGUAUGAAGAGGAGAGAAGAGAGAACCUGGCCAAGAAGGGUAUCUUGCAAUGGGUGAUGGCUGAGAGUGUACAUAGAGACAACAGAGAGAUGCAGGAGCGCAUCUUACUCAUGCAGAAGGAGAAAGAUCAGCUGCAACAUGAAUACAAAGAGAAGCGAUCAUUGGUUGAUCGACUGAAGGAAGACCUACAAGCCAAGAUUGUGGACUACACCAAUAUGGCUGAAAGUGGGAAGGGGAGUGACUCCGAGACCAAGGCUAGAGUGAAUGCUAUCCACGAAGUUAAAGAAAUGAUCAAGAGAGAGAGCGAGCAUCUGAAAGAUGUCAAACAGAGACUCAAGGAGCUUCAAGAAAGACAGAAGAGGGAGAAGGAGGACAUGAGAAGCCAGCAUGCUGAUUUGCAUCACAACUCUGACCUGCGUCGUCUGGCCCGUGCAGAGGAGCGGAAGCGCAUGGAGGCGGAGCAUGCUCUCUCGUUAGAGGAAGAACUUGAGAGAAUGCGGAUGGAGAUCGAUCACCAAAAGGCAGAGAUUCAGCUAAGAACAGCCAAUGGUGGCGCUGGAUACAACCAGGAGCAGUCCAUGCAGAUUGAGAUGAGUCUCGUGAAGGAGAGAGAAGAACGUCGGGUCGUUACCAUGCAGCUCCAAGCUAUGGAUGCAGAGAAAGCUCUUCUCAUUGCUGAGCUUGACGAGGCGUAUCUUAAGCACAAGGAGGAAAACGAGAUACAACAGCUGCAACAUUUCCAGACAUUCCGUAAUUACCGUGAGGCGUUUGAAGAGCAGAAGAUGGCCCUGGAGCAGAGGUACCGGACUCUGCUAGAAGAUGCUAUCCAGGAUGCGGUCUUUCUCUCUGCUCGGAACUCUGAACUAGAGCAGGAGAAUCAAGCCAUCAGACAAGAUGUUGCUGAGUUGAAGGACAAGGUUUCUAUGAUGGGAGGCAGUUCUAGGAGUAGGCCAUCCUCAGCAGCAAGCAUACGCUAGAUCAACAAUCCUCAGGUUAACACCCGCAACCAUGGAGAGAAUUGACAUGGGAUGUGGUAUAUAAAUAAAACAAAUAUUGACUGCUUAUUUUUUCGGGUCAUUGUUAAAACUAUAGCUCCUUGGUGAUCUCGAGGCUGCACUAUGCCAGUACAGUACAGAACAGUUUGAGAUCACCUUGGACGAUAGAUUUGAACAUGCCCCUCAAAGCAGUCAAUAAUUGUAUCCUGUCCUUUCAAUGGAAUGAAAGGCCAGUUAUUCAUUUAUUGGCAUCGGUGGUAAAUGUAGUACCGUAUACUGUCUUUGAAUGCAAAGAAGAGAAAGGAUGGUUUGGGUAAAGUUGUGGUAAUAAUGUAUUUAUAAUUUACAUAU